UUAAGCUUCAGUUUAAUUUUUUUCUGUCCUUUAGUUUUGUAAACGAAUAUAAAUAGAGUGGUUGUUUAGGUGCAUGUUCUAGGUUGGAGCAAAAGUUAACAAACAAUAGCCUGAAUCAACACAAAUUCUUUGGAUUGGAUAAAUUAAAAUUCAACAUUCUAAACAUUGUUUUUAACUGAUACAGGAGUCUUUUGCUAUGACCCUUUCUCAUUUGCUAAUCUUCUUCACAACAUAAACGGAGUUGAAAGAGAUUGCUGACCCUUUCAACACCGGUAGCAGCUCGCUUCUUUGACGACCGGCCACAGAACAAAAUACAAAGAUGAUAUAAACAUUAGAGCAAGCUAGCUAGACCAUUAGAAAAAAGAGUGAAUGCAAAUCAACCACAAGGUUGAUCACAUGAAGGGUCUUUAGUCUUUAUCGGGGUAGCAAUCUUUUCUGCUUCAAUAGCGUCGUUUCUAUCCCACAACAUGGUACUUCAGGUUUGGCACAACCAAAUUACCCUUUCUUGACCCGGACAUCUUUCUAUGAAACCAUGAACACCACGUUUUUUGUUCCAACUGCAAUGCGGUUGUUUAUCGAUCUAUUCAGGUCUUUUUUUGUUCAUUUUGCCGAACAUCAGACCGAUAGAAAACGCCAAGAGAAAGAGGCGUAGACUAGACGGCGUUAAAAUCCAAGUAACACACUGUUAACUCUUGAAUCUAAUUUCAUGACAUAGAAGCCACUUGUGAGCUUAGCAAAAGCAGAAAUGCUCUUUUUCCUCCCCAAAAUUCGUUGAUAGUUGCACCAAAACCCCUCACGAUAUGUCCCUGUUGGCAUCGCAUGUCUCGGUGAGGAUGAGAAUGCCUGAGGAGACUGUUGGUAGUUUUUUUUGGUGUUGUAAAUGGAGGGUAAACUGACACGAAGCAUUAUAUACAAAAGCUGGAGGUGACUCCAAACUGUCUGCCAGAAUUUAAGCCUUCAUUAGUGAUUAGGAAGAAGUGUUUUCUUGAAAGCUGUUUGAGGAAUAAGCUAGCGAGGCGGAUACAAGCAAAUACUUGGAGAUGGAAUUGUGAGGUGUACCACAUGAAUUUGAGUCCUUCUUCCAUUGUAAAAUAAUCAAAGCGUUGAUUGAGAUAAUCCUUUCUAGCUCCUGCCUAGCAAUUCCAAAAUGCUAUGCUAACGCAUUUGCGAGUGAUUCAAACUCACUGUCCCCUGAUUUCGGAGCUUAGAAGUACUUUCUCAAGAAUCUAUUCCUCUUAAACCGAGUUAUUUCUCAAGUGGUUUUAUUUUUAGCAACGGAGAAAUGCACAGAUCGUGUGAAUACAGCCACGAAUCGAACACCCGUGCUUGUAAUCCGAAACCAUCGAGUUUGCGAAGUCAGCGUCUGCAUGUCUAACUUCAGCACUCGUGUGUACUUGGCUUUGGAUAUCAGUUUUCCGAAAGCAUCGCGUCAGCUUCAAAGCUUUGAAACAUAGACAAAAAUAAACCAAGGGCAUCCAAGAAAACAAACUCGAAAGUAACUUUAAGCAGUGAAAAAGAUCGGGUCACCUGGCUUCAUUUUACGGUCUCUGCCGCCGUAUGAUGAAGUGGGAGUUUAUACGAUGGAUGGCGCCUCGACAAUGUAUGGCUCCAUGCAGCAGCAUAUGAACCACACGAGCGUCAGCACUGCAUACCACCAUCCUGUCUCUGCUGCUACGUCGGUGAUGAGCACUGUUUCUGAUCUACAUAAGAGAGAUAAGGAAAUUUUGUAUGGCCAUCCCUUGUUUCCACUGCUCGCUCUAAUCUUCGAGAAAUGUGAGCUGGCGACGUGCACUCCAAGAGAACCUGGCGCUAUUGGAGGCGAUGUUUGCUCCUCAGCAUCUUUCAAUGAAGACAUUCAAGCUUUCGCCAAACAGUUUAAGAGCGAUAAGGCCAUCUUCUCUUCCAACCACGAAGUUGACAGCCUGAUGAUACAAGCAAUACAAGUUCUUAGAUUUCACUUACUGGAGUUAGAGAAGGUGCACGAGCUGUGCGACAAUUUUUGUAAACGCUACAUAAGUUGUCUAAAGGGUAAAAUGCCCAUAGACCUUGUCAUGGACGAGAAAGAAAACGGAGGGAAAAGCAAAAGUGAUGGCGAACUCGGACCCGACUCUCCCACAGACGAUUCUCAGUCAACCGGUACUCCUUCAUGGCAGGCAAGUUUYGGUUUGGAUAACCAAAACUUGGGGCAAAAUUCUCAACCUUCUUCCCAAACGCCUUCAGAUCCCGGGGCCGAUUGUCCGGUAACACCGGAAGGACAAUCUCUCAACGCUUCGAUCGGUUCAGAUGAUGGGGGAAGUGAAACGGCCGAYGACGACCAAGGAAAGAAAAGUCAAAAAAAGAGAGGGAUCUUCCCUAAAGCAGCUACAAACAUAAUGAAGGCUUGGCUGUUCCAACACCUUACGCACCCAUAUCCGUCAGAAGAACAGAAAAGAUCUUUAGCGCAAGAAACUGGUCUGACAAUUCUUCAAGUAAACAAUUGGUUCAUCAAUGCCAGAAGAAGAAUAGUACAGCCAAUGAUAGAUGCUUCAAACCGUGCAGGCAAGUCCCCAGUAGUCACGGUAUUUAAAUCAAGACGAAGAAAAAAUUCUCUGGGACAAGGGAUUCCUUCUCCUGGUCCUCCGAGGUAUGGACCUGGUCCUGGGCAUCCUCCUCCCGGGUACUAUCCUGAACAGCAUCAUCCACAGGCGCAUCCUAACUACCACCUUGACGGCAGCCCUCAAGGACACUUUCCACCGCGUGGCUACAUGCCGGAUACAGUGUCUAGUGGGAUGAGUACCAUGCAGAUGCCAACCACUGUCUCACACACCAUGCACGCUCAGUUACCUGCACAUGCCUAUAGACAAGCCAUGCAACCAUCGGUCCAACAACCAAUGUACAUUCCUGGACACCCUCACGCUAUGAUGAUGCCUCCUCCUGGACAUCCGCAUGCACAUGCACAUCACCCUGGACAUCCAGGCCAGCUUAUUUCGUCGAGUCAGACCUCGCCCUCGAUUAUAGUUAGUGAAGGGGUCAUGACACAGUCAGUUAUGGACAUGCAUUCAAGUUAAAUGACAAUCAACUCUAUCUACGACAAGUCUCAAAGCUGCUUAGAGUUUAACUGAAUCAUUAGGUUUGUUUCAAAACAUAGAAUCUGAUAUGUACCAACUUAGUAACUUGAUGUGCUCGGGCCAUGGAAAGGGAACCAAAGGGCUUGCUAGACUAGAGAACAAAUUCUAGAAAAGGUUUUUGUCAUUAAAAAAAAAGAUUAUGUAUAGAGUACCGACGGCGAACCUAGGAAAAAUACUUUUAACUCUAUAGGAUACCAUAGCGUUAAUACUUGGUUAUUUUUCGUAGACACGAAUAGCAACAAUCCCUUUAUUCUUUCUACCCAGUUGGUACGUAUUGGAAUAAUUAUUCCUUUCAAUCACGUUGAAUUUGAAGCCAUUUUUCUCUGUUCUGUUUAAGAGAAAAUAGUCUUUAGCUCAGAUGUGAUAUAGUAAUAUAGAGAAAUAAAACAAAGGAUGAAAUUGAAGUACAACGAGAAGGUGAUGGCCACUUCAUCGUUGGAACAUACGUUUAAGUUUUGAAACUACUCAGUAUACUUUGGCUGUCCAAUUCUGUACUUGUUUGAAGAGUACACUGAAUAUCAUGGAGAGAAUGGAAUGAUAACUAAGGCGUUAUUUUGGGGCCACAGGAAGAAAAUCAAUAUUGUCUAACUACCUCGAGUUUGAGGGAAAAAAUUCUUAGUAUCGAUGUUACAAAGUUUAUACUAUUCCUGUAUUAUUGUGAGAAUUUUAUCAACAGAAGAUGGUCCGUGGCUAAAUUUGAAAAUCUUUUCGUAUUAAACGAAUACGCAAACUUUAUAAACAACGCUUACAUAUUAUAUAUUUGUAAGCAAGAUUACUUUACUUUAGGCGUGACGUCAUCCUGUUCGAAUUAUAUUUUCAAGAAGCUUCGAAUGGGAUAACGAAAGAUCUUUCUCUCAGUAAUUUGCGCGCGCUGUUUACGCGAAGAAAGGAGCAAAAAAAGUUGUAAAACUGUUUCAAAAAUUCCAAGUCAGAGACAAACAGUUCAAAUACUGUUACGAAUCCUGACUUCAAUUAUUGUAUUUUUAUAUACAUAAAAUUUUUGAGAUUGUGUUCCAUAUUUUACGUUUAUUUUUUUACGAUUGGCAAACACGUUCACUUGCUUCCUUGUCCUAUAUCUUAACCUCGUAGGAUCUCAUAGGAUAUUUWAAAAAAUCCUUUACAGUUUAAUGAGUGCGAAUUUCUGAAAGAAAGAUCUAUAGUUCCUUUGCUGUCAAUCCAAGUCAAACGGUGGGGAAUCUCUUUCAUUGAGAGUAAAAACGCCGGUUUCGGGAUUUAUUGCAAGAGGAUCUAUAUGCCAGAAGUUAAGGUAGCUAGAUUGGUUUUCGUAUGAGUGGAAAACGAUAAAGCAAAUUGGUAGUACUUUUAGUGUAGUAUCCUACCAUAACCGUAACUGCGCGUUGUGAUUGGAUAAUUCAAACAAAAACAAUGUGGAGUCAGCACCGCGAGCGCGCUUACCACUCGUGCAAAAACUUCUUUAUUGUAAAGUACCGUAGGUCGUUUGAACUUUAGCAUCCGCCAUCAAAUCAUACUUUUCAAGACAAUUAAACGUUUUUGUCUUGUGCUAAUGCCCUGAAUUCACCGUACUUUAGAAAACAAGAAAAACAAACUCUAUAAGUUAGGACAAGGCAAUAUUUCUGUUUUAAAUAUAUAAGCUGUCAAAGAGGUUAGUUAUUAGAAAGGGAAAACAGCCUUUUAUUGCGCUCAGAAGUUAAAACUUUCUGGGAGAUUUUAGUUAUAUUAGUGCUUUCCCGAUGUUUAGAAAAGAAUGACUCCUGUUUCAAGUGUAAACCAAUGAUUGUGUGAAUAGGCAAAAAAGUAGUUUCCUUAAAAAGGAGAAAAAACAGGAUAGGCUACACUUUUUUAUGAUUAUGAAUAGUUCAAAGAAAAAAUGUUAACAAAAUAUGAUGAUGAUGAUGAUGAAUGAUGAUGUAUUAUAUUCCCGUCUAACAGUUUCUAGUAUUUUGUUUAUAUAUAAAUAUUUAUAUAAACAUAUAUGAAUGUGGCGCUAUUUUGUAAAUGCAGAUCUAGAUUUAGUCUUUUAAACUGAAUACGGAGUAUAUAAAUAUGUGAUUUACUGAAUCUA